AUGAAAAAGAAACGCACCACCGUGAAAGAGAAACACACCGCCGUGGAAGAGAAAAAGGUACCUGUCUCUAAGGGCUUCCGUACGCUUCUUUUCACCAUCAAUUGGUCCAUAACGGAGCCACCUGGAGAUUGUCAAGAGAUCUUGGAUGCUGGUCAGAACACUAGCGGUGUGUAUACCAUCCAGCACGCAUGCCAGAAUAUGCAGGUCUACUGCCGCAUGGAACCGGAGUCGGGGAAAGGAUACAUAGUUUUUCAGAGACGCCUGGACGGCUCGGUGAGCUUCAAUCGAACCUGGCAGGAGUACUUCGAGGGAUUCGGGAAUCUGACCGGAGAGUUCUGGCUGGGCAACCAGAAGCUGCAUAGUCUGACUCAUAACUUGGGAUGGGAGCUGGUCAUUACUCUGAGGGCGUUCGAUGGGGAUGAAGCCCGUGUUCGUUAUAGGUACUUCAAGAUGCAGCUAUCAUCUGAGCGCAAGUACCAGCUCUCUGUUGGUGGCUUUAAUGCGGAGAGUGGAGAUGCAGGUGAUUCACUCCACGGUCAUAAUUUUUGGUACUUCUCAACUUCAGACAAAGACUAUGACCUCGACGGGGAAAACUGCGCUGAGAAAUUCCACGGAGGCUGGUGGUACAGCUACUGCGGUAGCGACAACUUCAAGAGCAACCUGAACGGCUUGUACUACAACAACGCAACAGUUGGUGAUUACAUGGGGAUACAGUGGGUUACAUGGAAGGGUAAACAGGUCUCUCUGAAAGGGUGUGAAAUGAUGGCACGACCCGAAUGGAUAACCCCGACACUCAAGGACGACCCCAAGAUAAUCCAGACAACGUCAGAAAUUAAAGAUUGUCAAAACUACCUGAGCAGUCCGCCAAGAGUGCCAAGAUCAUCAUAA